CUGGGCGCCUACCAGGCCGUGGGCAAAGGUGGACUAGCCCCGGAUUUGAAAGCUGCCUACAAGUCUUUUAUGAAGUCAUGUGAGAAAGGUGGGAAGAAGUCAGUAAACGCCUGUCACAGCGCUGGGCUGUUGGCUCAUGACGGGAGAAUAAAUGACGAUAAACCUGACACUGUUGUUGCUAGAGACUAUUACACAAAAGCCUGUGAUGGUAAUUUUGCUCCUAGCUGCUUCAACCUUGGUGUCAUAUACCUGCAGGGAGCACCUGGGGUCCCUAAGGACAUGAGCCAAGCUUUGAAGUACUCGCUGAAGGGGUGUGAGCUGGGGCACAUGUGGGCUUGUGCCAACGCCAGUCGCAUGUACAAACUGGGAGAUGGUGUUGAGAAGAAUGAUGCUAAGGCAGAGGAGUUGAAGAACAGGGCAAAACAGUUGCAUAAAGAGCAGAAAGAAGCUUCAAGUUCUUUAACGUUUGGGGAGUAA